AUGAUGGCGGCGGUGGGGCGUCCCGCGUUGUUUGUGGUGGCCGUCGUGCUGUGCUGCGUGUGUGGCUGUGCAGCGGCCACUGCUGAGGCCAUCGGUGACGAGGAGCAAGUGAUUGUUUCCCUGCAGAAUGCGAAGAAGAAGGCUGUUCAGGCCAGGAAUGCGGUGGGCACAAUCAAGAAAGCAACGGAUAACUUCAACACUGAGGCGGAAAAGGCAUCAGAAAAAGCAACUGAGCUUCAGGGCAAAGUGAAGAACAGGAAGGAUGAUCAGCUGGAAGAUAUUGCCGAGGUGACCAGGUUAGCGAAGGACGUUCUGAGCGCGACGAACACAUCUCACGAAUCGCUUGUUUCACUCUGUAAGAAUGUUGGUGAAGCAGUGGAAUCAACGACUAAUGCAGAAACGUUGUUCACCAAAGCGCGGGGGAUGGCUGGCAGCGCAAUGAAGGAAGUGAAUGAAGCUAUCACUAACAAGGCGAAGCUCGCAGAGGGGGAAUUCAAAAACCUAUUAAACGUUCUGAAGGGAUUCUCAGCGGGCCAGAAAUGCUCUGAAGUAGCAAAAAAAGGAUACAAAGGAGGGGGUCAACGCUUUUAA